GAAUUUCUCUUUCCCUUCUCUCUCAUUCGCUUUAACUCCCUCUCACGCUAAAUCCGAUUAAAUCCUCUAAAACCCCUGAAGCUCUCCCCACAUUCUUCAAUCAACCUGUCAACCAAAAACCCCAAACUGACGAUGACGACCGAACCCACUGAAUCCUUCAAACCCUACACCCUCACCCAAACCCUAACCGGCCACAAGCGCCCCAUCUCGGCCGUCAAAUUCUCAUCCAACGGCCGCCUCCUGGCCUCCUCCUCCGCCGACAAGACCCUCCGCACCUACUGCUUAUCCAACUCCGAUCCCACACUCUCUCCGCUCCAGGAGUUCCAGGGCCACGAGCAGGGCGUCUCUGACCUCGCAUUCUCCUCCGACUCGCGCUUCCUUGUCUCGGCCUCCGACGACAAGACCCUCCGCCUCUGGGACGUCCAGACCGGCUCGCUCAUCAAGACCCUCACGGGCCACACCAACUACGCCUUCUGCGUCAAAUUCAACCCACAGUCCAACAUCAUUGUGUCCGGGUCCUUCGACGAGACCGUGCGCGUCUGGGAUGUCAAGUCCGCCAAGUGCCUCAAGGUCCUGCCCGCCCACUCCGACCCCGUCACCGCCGUCGAUUUCAACCGAGACGGUUCGUUGAUCGUCUCCAGCAGCUACGAUGGAUUGUGCCGGAUUUGGGACGCCGGUACCGGCCAUUGCAUGAAGACCCUGAUCGACGACGAAAACCCGCCCGUUUCGUUCGUGAAGUUCUCGCCCAACGGGAAGUUUCUUCUUGUGGGCACUCUGGAUAACACUUUGAGGCUUUGGAACUAUUCAACUGGGAAAUUUUUGAAGACUUACACUGGUCAUGCGAACUCCAAAUACUGCAUUUCGUCCACCUUCUCUGUAACAAAUGGGAAGUAUAUUGUUAGUGGUUCUGAAGAUAAUUGUCUAUACUUGUGGGAGCUUCAGACCAGGAAAAUAGUUCAGAAAUUGGAAGGUCACACCGACACUGUUGUAUCAGUAUCAUGCCAUCCCUCUGAGAACAUGAUUGCUUCUGGUUCACUUGGCAAUGACAAAACCGUAAAGAUCUGGACUCAGAAGAAAGAUUGAUUUGUGGAUCCUGGACCGAGUCUGUGACAUUUUUGCAUCUGGGCCUCUGCCAAAGAUCUUUGGAGGAAGACAGAUUUGUUGUGUGGCUAAACCUCUUGCUUCUCUACAGAACCAGGCCCAUUAUGCUGCAUGAUAAUUUUAGGUUGUAGGUCUAUUUAAUCAAUGUAUUUAAGAACUUCGCUUAUUUGAGAUCGGAUUGAAUUCUACCGUCCAAA